CGCACGAGGAAAAAUCAGAGAGAACAGAAGAAGAAGAAGGAAGAAGAAGAAGAAAGAAGAAUACGAAGCCCUCUUCGAGAGGUUUUCCAUUUCAAUACUCGAUUCAGCUUAUUCUUACGCUUAGAUUCUUCUCUCCCUCCAAAUUAAUCACCUGAAUUCUCGUUUCUGUUCCUCAGAUGUAUAUUUGUGUACAGGUUUUUUGUUUUUAAGCUACGAUAUUUCAAAUUUGGUUUUUGUUUUUUUCCCCUCUCUGGGUUUGUAUGUUACAUAGUGAAUCAGGGAAGCAGAAAACAUUAUUGGUUUAGGAUUGUUGUAAAUUGUGCCAAUUGUGGGGUCUGGGCGCUGAAAUUUGGGUGAAAAGGUUUGAAGAUUAUCGAUUAAUGGGGGUUUCGCCGAUGGCGCUCUACGCAAGUCCACCUAGCACCGUGUGUUCCGCGGCGCACCAGAUCAGCUCCCACGCGUCGUGCGAAUUGGACACCAGCGGGCGGUCGGCGUCGUCGUCUUCCGCUUCGCCGUCGCCGUCGCAGAAGCCUUUCAUUGGCGGGUUAUCGUGCUUGUUCUCGUCGCCACAGGUCAAAUCGGCGAGCUAUUCAACAGGAGCCGAGGAGUUAGGUUCAUUAUGGCACGAUAGGACGGAGGACUUGGGGUCCUCUUUCCGAUACUCGUCGUUAAGCUCCUCCUUGAAACGAGACCAGUCUCACCAGAGUCCGGUUUCGGUGCUUCAAGGCCUGAAUAAUUCUAUUGGGACCUGCUCGCGAAGCCCUCCCAUGAAAAUAAGUUCGGAUUUGGGUUCAAUCAUGUCUCGAAGCGGAGGAAUGUUUAACGGAUUCGUUAGACAUGCGUUGGGCUCUUGUGUGGAUUAUGAUUCGUCGCCAUUGGAUUUGGAUGUGAAGGACUUUGAGAUGCCUCUGGUCUCAAAUGCGAUGAUAUCCACAGACGAGCUUCCUUUCAACAUGGAGGAUAGUUUCGUGGAGUUGGAUUUUCCGCCUUAUGCAAAGGAUUUGCUUUCUAAUGCGCAGUCUAGGCAUUUGAUAUUUAAGGACGAGGUGGUUGUCAAGGCUUUUUAUGAAGCAGAGAAGGCUCACAGAGGCCAGAAACGUGUGAGCGGCCAUCCAUAUUUGCACCAUUGCGUGGAGACAGCUGUUCUUCUGGCAAACAUAGGUUCCAAUUCGACAGUUGUUGCUGCGGGCCUUUUGCACGAUACUGUAGAUGAUUCAAUUUUAACCUUAGAUGAUAUUUUGAGGUUGUUUGGCUCUGAUGUGGCAGAUUUGGUCGAGGGGGUAUCUAAACUGAGCCAAUUGAGCAAGCUUGCAAGGGAUAACAACACAGCCAAUAAAACUGUGGAGGCAGAUCGACUGCACACUAUGUUCCUUGCAAUGACCGAUGCUAGAGCUGUUCUAAUUAAACUUGCUGACCGAGUGCAUAAUAUGCUGACAUUGGAAGCUUUGCCUUUGAUUAAGCAACAAAGAUUUGCAAAGGAAACAUUGGAAAUUUUUGUUCCCCUGGCCAAUAGAUUGGGUAUCUCCACCUGGAAAGUGCAGCUGGAAAAUUUAUGUUUCAAACAUCUUAAUCCAGACCACCACCAAGAAUUGGCUUCCAAGUUGUUUAAAUCUUUUGAUGAGUCCAUAAUAACCUCCUCAUUGAAGAAACUGGAGCAUGUACUGAUGGCAGAAGGAAUUUUCUACAACAGCUUGUCAGGCCGGCAUAAAAGCUUGUACAGCAUCUACUCGAAAAUGUUGAAGAAGAAGUUGAACAUGGAUGAAAUUCAUGAUAUCCAUGGAUUAAGGUUGAUAGUUGAAACUGAAGAAGAUUGCUACAACGCUCUGAGAGUCGUCCGCCAGCUAUGGCCUGAACUACCUGGGAGAUUUAAGGACUACAUUGUUUGUCCCAAAUUUAAUGGGUACCAGUCUCUACAUACAGUGGUUGCAGGUGAUGGUAUGUUACCACUUGAAGUUCAGAUACGGACAAAAGAAAUGCAUCUGCAAGCUGAAUAUGGCAUUGCUGCACACUGGAGGUACAAGGAAGGUGAAUGCAAACACUCCUCGUUUGUUCUUCAGAUGGUCGAGUGGGCACGUUGGGUUAUUACCUGGCAGUGUGAAACUAUGAGCAAAGACAGUUCAUCCGUUGGGAUUGUCGAUUCCACGAAGCCACCUUGCACAUUCCCUACGCAUUCCAAGGACUGCACAUUUUCUUGCAAACCCCUUUGCGACACUGAUGGGCCCAUCUUCGUUAUCCUCAUUGAAAAUGAUAAGAUGUCUGUGCAGGAGAUUCCAGCAAAUUCAUCGGUGAUGGAUCUGUUGGAGACAGCCGGCCGAGGCAGUUCUAGAUGGAUUUCAUACGGGUUUCCGGUGAAGGAGGAUCUAAGGCCACAGCUAAACCGCAAGCCUGUCAGCGACCCAACCUGCAAGCUGAAAAUGGGAGAUGUGGUGGAACUAACCCCGACUAUACCGGAUAAAUCCCUGACCGAAUACCGGGAGGAAAUCCAGCGGAUGUACGACCGGGGCCUUACUCUAUCAACUGCAGUAGCACCUUCCAGGGCAAGCUUCAGAACGUGACCCCAGACCAUUUGAAAAAAGAUCGAUGAAAAUGUGGCUAUUUCCAGAAGAAGUGUUGUACAGAAUUCUGGCAGGAGAUCACAAACAAAAGCAAGAUCAAAAUACCUGCAAGACCCCAAGAGGAACUCCCAAUACUCAACAACCAACCACCAUUAAUCUCAUCUUCAAUUUUGUCUAUAGACUGGAAAUGAGAAGAAGACGAAGACCCUUUGUUCUGAGAUGAACCAGUGAUGGUUUUAAUGGCAAGUAUCAACCCUGCCACCACCACAGGCAACAUUAUACCACUAGAACUCCACCGCGACUCGAGGCGGCUCCGAUUAUCCGGAGACAGAACAAUGGCUGAUACAAGGGCUAGAACCAUGGCCACUGCCCUCGGUGAGGAGCUGUUCAAAUGUUGAUGACAAGAAAAAACCUCCAUUGUUGGCUGGUUUUCUUGUUGCCUUUAACUAGAUCAAAGGAACAAGAAAACUAGAAACCUAUAUUUAUAGAGAUAGAGAUAGAUAGAGAAAGAAAUGA